AUGUUGCGGCAGGGACACCUCAAAGAGCUGCUGAGCAACAAGGGGAGAAACAACUUGGCUAGAGGACGUGAACACCAAGGCCUGUCGAAGCCACCGUCACCAGAUCACACUAUCAACAUGAUCAUCGGUGGCAGUGGUGACGCCUCCAUCAAUGAUGUUAAAUUCACUACCACUCACAAGCUCAAACGAUCUAUCACCCGCGAAUGGUAUGACGGACUUGAAGAAAGUAUCAUAUUUGAUGCGUUAGAUGUCGCUGGUUUGACUUUCCCUCACAAUGAUGCUCUCGUCAUUACAUUGCGCAUUUUAGAUAUUGAUGUCAAAUGUAUCAUGGUAGACGAUGGAAGUGGAGCGUGGAUUAUCCAUCCCCGAGUACUUACCUAG